AUGUCCACGUGUUUGUAUCGGCUUUCUUUCACCGUUUUCUCUGCCAAUAAUGUUUCGAUUUAUGUUACUCUAUUUCCUUUCUAUGUUACUCUCCCAACAAAAGCACUGAUCCUUUCAAAUCCUUCCAUCAAAGUCGGCUACGCCACCGCUUCUCACCGACUUUCCUUUGUGUAUCUCUCACGGGCUUCUUCUUUUCGACCCAAUCAAAUUCUGAUCACCCUAGUCGGGCCCGAUAACCGUCCGAUUUCAAGAUCACAGAUUUCCUUCCAUCAAAAGGUUUCAGCAUCACAAAUUGCCUCCACCGUUCCAGUCGUUACCAAAUCAGUUGAGGUGGUAAAUGGAACUGGUAGCAUCCCAAAACGAGUCUAA